CCGGGAGACCAACGAACAGAUCGAUGAGAGGAUAUCCGUGCGGAUGGCCAUCGAGGACGGCCGCAUCCGGGAGGCCAUGAAACUCAUCAACGAUUACUACCCGGAGCUCAUCGACAACAACCGGAACCUGUAUUUCAAACUACAGCAACAACAACUCAUUGAACUGAUCCGCGAUCACCUCCUGGAAGAGGCGCUCCAGUUCUCGCAGCAACAGCUGAGCGUUGAUAGCGAUUACCUGCAGCUCCCGGAGCUCGAGAGGACGCUAUCGUUGUUGGCCUUCGACAAGCCGGAGAACAGCCCUUACAGUGAUUUACUGCACGCGUCGCACAGACAACAGUUGGGGUCAGAGGUGAACGAAGCCAUUCUUCGGGAGCAGUCGGGCGAGGGGUCGUCCUCUAAGCCCAAGUUGGUGUCACUCAUGAAACUACUGCUGUGGACGCAGAACGAGUUGGACAAGAAGAAAGUGAAGUUC